CAGAGCGAGCUCAGCGCUCGAGACAGCGCCAUUCAUCCAAGAGGACCGAGAGCACACCUGGUCGGACCGCAGAGAGCAGUUUAGCGUCUGAAACAACUUCCCACAGCACCCCGGUUAAUCACUUGAGGAAUGCUGUGGCAUUAGACCCGAAACUCCAUAUAAACUUUUGGUUCAUUCUCACCAACUUUUCGAUAAAGGGAUAAUGGCAACGGGUGGAUUUAAGUCAAGCGCCACGACUGACUUUUUGGAGGAGUGGAAGGCAAAACGGGAGAAAAUGAGAGCCAAAAUGCUGGGGGACAUAGCCGCAGCGACUGGUGCUCCUCUGGUUGGCAAUAACCCAAACAGUAACCGCCACACCGAGCUCACCAAUAACGGAAACCCGGAGAGAAGCGCCUCUGCUGGGAACUGCCUCCCCUCCUCCUACACGGUGGCUCGGUCCUCCUCCGGCACGGCUUUAAAGAGACCCGAGGAGGAAACGCACCACCCCGCUGCCCAACCUGCUGCCCAACCCGCUGCACAGCCCGCUGCACAACCCGCUGCCAACCCUGCUUCACCCACCCCGCCGGGGAGCAACCUGAAGAAGGCCCCGCCUCAGACGGAGAAGGAUCAGUGCGCUUCCCCGGACUCCAGCCCCAUGGCUUGCAUUGACAGUGACAAGGGAAGCCCAUCGCCCAGUAAAGUGAAAGAGAAGAAUAGCUCUGGCCCCAGUGCUAGGAAGGGGAAAGGACAGAUCGAGAAGAGGAAGCUGAGGGAAAAGAGGAGAUCAACAGGUGUUGUCAGCAUACCAUCAACUGAG